GAAUUCUAUGAAAGAAACUGAUAGAGAACAAUUUGGCGCGAAGUGUUUUAGUUUUAGGUUAUUUUUUACCAUCUACGUUGUUUUUAAGUUAAUUUUAACGCAUAUAAUCUUUUUUAUGUAAGAUAUUCAGAAGUUACACAUUUAAAAUUGAAUUGCUUCUUUAAAAAAUGUUCUCGAAAGAGAUUUUCCAAAAUAGUGAUACUGACGAAACCUUCAAUGAAUACAAUGGAAAAGAGAGUGAUUUUGAAAAGGAAUACAGUGAAACAAAUGAAAAAAGUGAUCUGGAAAGGGAGCGGGAACGAAAUAUCAGGAAAAUGCAUCAAUUUGUCUUUGCAGAUGAUCCUGAGGGACUGGAAAGAGCUUUAGCAAGUAUACAGGACUAUUCAAAAUCUAUUAAUGGCACUGCAAAGUCAUUAUCAGCCCCCAAAAAGAGAAGGUCUCAUAAAGACAGAACAGUAACUUUUAACUACGAAAUUCCUCUGCAGCGAAGAAAAUCAUUAAGAAUAGCAAAAAUUGAGCCCAUACAUUAUAAUAAGCUGGAUUUUGAAAAUGAACCUUAUGAUGAUGAAAUAGAAAACUUGGAGAAAGUGAUUUUCAGACCGAGGAUUAGAAUUAACACCUCCAGUAGACCAUCAGUGGUAAAUUACAUUCCUGUAGAAGAUGUAACACCUGAAUACUUGGCCAAAAUAGCCAAAUCGAGCACUAAAAAAGUGUACAGUCAGAAUGGAACAUCUUGUCACCAGUGUCGCCAGAAAACAUUAGACAGUAAGACUGUUUGUCGUAGUGGAAGAUGCUUUGGUGUCAGAGGCCAGUUUUGUGGUCCAUGUUUAAAGAAUCGUUAUGGGGAAGAUGCAGCAACAGUUCUUUUGGACCCAAAUUGGCAGUGCCCUGGUUGUAGAGACCGCUGCAAUUGUUCAUUUUGUCGAAAACGAAAAGGUAAAAGACCAACUGGAAUUUUGGCCCCAAUUGCUCAAAGACAAGGAUACAGAAGUGUUGAUGAAUUUCUACAAAGCCUUAAUGGUAUUGGAGACAAUUUUGAAAACAGUCAUGAUGAAGAAACGCCAGAUGACUUGUUAGGAUUUGAUGAUUUUGGUAAACCUGUAGUAAGGGAGCUGCAAUCAGUUAAAUGUGAAGAGAAGGACAGUGAAGGGUAUAAAAAUGAUGACAACGAUGAUAAUUCUUGAUUUGCAUUUUAUAACUUUGUGGCUGUUUUGUUUUUGUUUUUCAGUAUUUGUUUAGUUUUUAAUUACAGUAAUUUACU